UCCGCGAGUACUGUUACUUCGGCGGACUUGGUGCCAAGUCGUACUACGGUUACGCGGGAGUGUUGGUUGGUGUGCGCUUCUUCUGUUGACGUUUUUUAAAAGGACUGUGACCUAAUAUCGGAGAGGAUCUGUUCUCUGCUGUGUGGUUCUGUGACUUUUGUGGAAUGUAAUUUGCUCGUCUCAUUUGUUGGAUAAUUCAUUUUGGGAACAUUUAAUCUCUGAAAGUGAAAUUAACUUGGUGAUAUCCAAAUAAACCCAAGACGAUUGGCUUAACAAAAACCGGACUUUUGUAAAUAGAAUCAGUAACAGACCAAAACCAGAGACAUAUAAGGGUACAUCAUAUAAAAAUACACUGUAGCUGGAUGCGUUGAACGAUUUUGGAGAUGUUAGUGCGUUUAUUAUAUUUCUAUGGCUGCUUUGGUUAGCCAUGCAAUGCAUCGGUUUCCACUGUCACCUCCGGAUGCAGCUUUCUCCUACAAUUUAAGGAGUGAAAGUGGCAAUCGGAACGGUGGUGACGCUGCAGACAGAUGCAUCGGAGGAAACACUGGCGCCCUAUCCCGUUCGAUGCGCUACGCUGAUCCCUGGCUGUACGGCAGCGUGAGGGCCUCAGGAGGCCUGCUGCUCACGCCAGCCCUUGUUCUAUGCCAAUGUCCCGAUUACUUCAACGAGAGCAGGAGAUCUGGGUCGAAGAAGAGUCCCCACGUCUGCAAGAAAUGUAAAGGCACCAGGUUGCCUUUGUCCUCGGUGGAGUCAAAAUUUGGCACCGUAAGAUGCUAUCCAACGACAGAAGCCAAUACUGUUAUGCCCUUGAGGGCUGGUACUGUACGAGUAACCUCUUCAAGCCGACCUUCCAUUUUACCAACCUUGGAUCCCUAUGAUCAUAUGAGAAGAUCGAGAUUAUCAGUACCAGAAACCAAAAUUACUGUAUCCCCGUUUAGGGACAGAACAAUCUCACCAUCUAAAAGCAAAGACGAUUCGAGAAAGAGUCAAAGCUGCAGCAAAUCUAAAGGAUUAAAACAAGACUUAUCGUACAACUCCACAUUUGGGAGGCGUUCUAUAUUAGAAUGUGACAUAAAUCCGUAUGAUUUGAUGUCUGGCGAUAUCAAAUCUGAUCAUAAGUCUCUAAAAUCAGUAGCAUUAGUUGGAGGUCAAAGAGUUAGAGUAAGGCCGAAGCUGGACCAACAAGAAUAUGAGGAUGUUGCAAGUCCUUUGAAAUCACCAUCGAAAAUACCAGCAAUAAAAUUGUCUCCUUCGAAACAGAAAAAGUCUAAGCCUACCAUAACAAUAACUAAUGGUAAAAGCGAUAUCCCCACUAGAACUUCUGAUUCUAUUUAUAAUACUUUAACAAAUAACACGUUCAAAUCGAUAUUGAAGAAGAGAGGUACAAACUACAGUAGUGAUUCGUCACCAUAUUCUGAUGCUGAAGAUAUGGCUAGUCCACUGUCCACAAAAAAGACAGGAUCAAGGUUUUAUAUACCUGUGUCUCUUCCAUUAACACCAAGAAAGAAAGUACAAUUUGUAGACGCAGGAAAAUCUGAAAGCAGCGAAGAAGACGAGCAACUAAGUAUUGAAGAACUAACAAACGAAAAUACUGAGCAAGAGAAUUAUGAAGAUGUCACUACCGAAAAAGUACAGGAAGAGGAAGAUGACGUUUUCGAAGACGCUUUGGAUGAUAUGCCAGUACCUGAAUCAGUAGAGGAGCCUAAAAAAGAUGUUUCAAACGAUAUAAAGAAGAAAUUGAUAAAAGUUCGCAGGAGUAACAGCGACCGAAGGAACAUUCAAAGCAAAUGUGUGGACUUCUUUGACAGUAUGGCGUUACGAACGAGAAAAAGACCUGAUUCACGAAUAACAUUCUCUAAUGAAGAUCUCGAAAAAUUGGAUGGUAUUACAUCAAAAACGCGUAAACUUAGUUCAUGUACAUCUCGACCAUUGUCCCCUCCACCUUUACCACCUUCAUUACCUUCUGAAGCUGUGACUAAAACGGAAUCUAAUACCAACGAUGAAAUAAGUGCAAAGUCUGAGAAAGGAGCUCUGGGCGUCCUUGAUAGUAGUCAGAAGCUUGAAAAUAGUAUCACUGUUGAUGAAAAAAUUGAAAAUUCUGAUUCACUGGCGUUUAAAAUCGAAGAAAGUUCUAGCCACAAACAUAAGAUAUCUAUUUCCAGCAAUGAUAGUGAUAAAUACGACGAAAGCACAGGUUCAGAUUCAUCAAUCAAUAGUUCUAACAACAAUGACUUAACACCUCCUUCAGCUCCACCUAGAAAACGUAGCAACAACAAGCAACAGACCAUAAACAUUGUAAAGUCUCCUGAAAUACAACCCUUAGUUCACACGGUAAAAAUUGAAUCUCCUCGUCCUGAAAACUCUAAUAAAACAAUCGUACAAAUCAAUUCUCCUCCUACGAUGCACAAAAUCCAAAUUAAAAACGAAUUUCCUGAUUUCUCACCAACCACUAACUACAACACAAUUUCCAUAAUAGAGAAUCCUCAAAGAAAAACGUCUAUAUUGAUAAACGGAGAUGACUGUUACUCUACUGUAAAUGUUAAUGACAAUGUACCUUUGUAUCAAUCUUCGGUUGUGGUGAAAGAUGAACCAAUCCAAAACAAUAAGAAGAGCAGUAAAAUAUACAUUACUGGAACUUUUAUCUCUAGUAAUAAUUCUGAAGAAGCUGUCGUUAGUAGUUCGUCAGAAGACACAUUAUCAAGGAAUGUUCCUGAAGAAAAUACCAUCAAGAUAGUUGCCAGCGUUAAAGAGAAUGGUCCAAUCAAGAUGGAAUCAGAAAUUAAAGAUGAAACAGUAGCUCCAAAAUUGAACGAAGGCAAACAAUCUUCACAGUCCAGCUCUUCUUGCGAGCUUAUAAAAGAAAUCCUGCGCGAUCCUGUCGAGGCUGUUCGUCACAACUUAGUCCCUCAUGUCUGUGGCAAGUCAGACAUGCCUAGGCGACCUCGAGAUACUAAAUUUCCCAAUCACACCUCGCCGCUCGGCAACAUUAACUCUCUCUUUGAUUCCUUCUUCAAAGAGGCUAACUUUCCUUUAACUAUCGAGGAUUCUUUGUUAAAAUUGAGGAACGAUCGAACUUUGGAAGAGGACGUGACGUCGGAACAUUCCUCGACGCAGUACGAGAUGAUGGAUCAAAGUUCGGAAUGCUAUACCGAUCAUAGCAACAGGAGUUCUGUGACGGAAGAGGAACUCUCGAACAGGACAAAGUUUUACGAGUUGUUGGCUGAAGCGGAGAACGUGGAAGUAUCAGAAAGUGACGAUCAUCAUUACGAGAGUAUAAAGGUGAACAACGAUCCUAUUUAUGAGGAAAUUCAAAUUCCGCCUCCUUUGCCUGCUAAUCCUCCACCAUCGAGCAUUCUGGAUGAUUUACAAUUGGACAAAGAAUAUACGACAAGAUCAAUUUUUGAGGGAGCUUCAAAGUAUGACAUCCUCAGUUACUUGGUGGAUGCAAAAGAACGCGGCAUCGUACAAGAAGACGGCUACACAUACAAUUACAACACCGGCAGCAACACAGAAGACGAAACCAAAGAACCAUACAACAGAGUAUCCCACAUGAGUACGGUCAGUGAUUCCAGUGAAGACAAUUCUCUAAUCAUCUCAGGCGCACUCAUAGAUGAAAAAGCAACCUUCCAAAAACCAGCAGAAGUGGAAAGAAAUGAUUCCGGAGUAGGAUCGGAGACCAGUAAAACCAGUUUGAGUAAAUACAGGAGUAAACCUGAGAUUUUUGCUUGUUGUGAAGAUUGCGAGUCGACGUUAGAAUCGAAAACAGAAAAUGAUUCUCUCUUAUGUAGAAAAUGUUUGAAGAAACGGUCAGAACGUAAGGAAAUCAUAACAGAAAUUGUGGAAACUGAAGAAAAAUACAGUAAGGAUCUACAAAUCAUAUUAGAGGAGUUCUAUCAACCUAUGUUGGUGGCUGGCCUUUUAACACCUGAUCAGUUAUCAACGAUUUUCCUCAACGUAGAAGAGUUAUUAGAAAACAGCCAGGCCCUAGCAGAAAGGUUAAGAGACGCGGUAGAGAUAGCUUUAGAACAAGGAGACGACGACCUCCUGACUGUAAAUAUCGGUAAACUGUUCCUAGAAGCCGCGCCAAUGCUUCAUGCUUUUGAAACUUACUGCGUCCGACAAGGCACUGCCAGUUUAUUGUUAGCUAGUCUAGAAAAAGAAAAGGAACUACUCAGAAUCUUUCUGAGAGUCUCCCAAAUGGAGAACACUAUGCUACGACGGAUGAACCUAAAUUCCUUCUUGAUGGUUCCGGUUCAGAGAGUGACUAAAUACCCGUUAUUACUCGCCAGGCUCUAUAAAGUAACGCCGUCACAUUACAAUACAAGGGAACAUUUAAAAGAGGCUCAACAUAAAAUUGAACUGCAUUUGAACCAUAUGAACUCGGAAACGAAAGAUGUGCCUAGUAAAUUGUGGAGGAGGAUAGGGAAUAAUUCUGGGAGGAGGCCGAGUACGGAGAUGGACUUGGUGAAUAUUAAAUUGAGAAAGAUAGCGGUUGACGUGUUGGAAUGGAAUCACGACGAAGCGAGAUUUGUUUUGGAAGGGAAGUUGCUUUUUACACAGCCAACUGAUAAUUAUUGGAGAAAAGGGAGAACGAUAAAACUGACGCCUGUUAAUGCCUUGUUGGUGGUAAAUGGAAAGACGACGUCGUCAAUUUCCAAACCUCCAACCGAUAAAAUCGAAGACAGCAAUCUGGUUUUCUCAGCAAAAAGCUCUGGAGUGAGGGAUGCUGCGCUGUUGCUGGUCAGGGAUAAAAAUGGGCGCUACUCUUUAUUAAGAGAGCCGCUGUAUCUGGAUAGGUGUGUAAUUGCUGCCGAUCCAGCCUGGCAGAGUUACUUUGAAGUCCAGGAAUUACUCGGAAAGGAUACGUUUAUUUUUAAGGCGGAUGAUGAUGACCAAACCCACCUCUGGUACAAAAAGCUGCAGAACCAUGCCCAGGGAAUGGGCGCAUGGCGGAAACGACGUAACGCCCUGGCGAACAUUAUGAUAAACGGAAUGGGUCUGAGAUCAUAGCAGGCUUAGUUUUAGGAGAACCAGCCAAUGGAAGUCUUACGGAACGACAGCUUUAAAUUAAUUUAUACAAACGAGCGUUCUAAUCCUACGGCGCGAAAUGUCGCAAAAGAAUCUUAACCUCAAAAGACUUGUAACUAUGUUAGAUCAUAUAAAUAACUAGACAUAUUCUUUCUUCGACGUCCUGUAGCUAAUAUGUAUCUUGACCUGGGUUCUCGAUAUAACGAUUUAGGCAUAUAAAGUGUCCAGUUUUUGAGAGGUUAGAGAUGAUUGCAACAUUUUUCGCAUUUCAUUUUAUUAAAAAGUAUAUUAAAUUUUUAGUAAUUUAGCUGUGAUAUUUUGGUUUUUGGUUAUGGGUACCUAAUAAUAAUUUGAUGCAAAUUAAAACAGUAACAAUGAUUUUGUUUAGCCACUAAGUAACGAUAUUUAACUUUUAUUUACUGUAUCUUGAAACCGGCUCUGUAUUAAAGAUGUA